AUCACUGCCAUUCAGCUCUCCAGCCUUGCGUUUCUCAGCUGCGGUCAUUGUCUGAGGAAGCUCCUAUUCGUCCUAUGAAAUAGUAAUACCGAUGGUACACAGCAUCGAAUAGCUUCCUCGUAUUGCGCAGCCGGCGCAGCUAAGGGAGAGGUUUGACCACAACGGUUAACUCCGGUCGAAUAAUUAUUGGACGAGCUUCGGAUUGAUUAUAUCAUCCAGUCAGUCGUGGAAGUUGCGACACCGUAUCGAAACAAGAGGCUAGAGGGUACUUCCCUACUUGGAAUCAAACUAAAACGUCAUACUGGGCAGUUUGUUAGCGGGAUACCCCAAACCUCGAUCGCAACCACCUUCUUGCCUUCUCGCUGUUUAUCUUUAAAAGGUACCAAGAGGUACGAGAGAAGCGAGAGGUACCUCCCCUCUUCGAUCGAAACUUUCGACUAUUCGUCUGGCCGAACACUCUUUUUUAACGGCCUGAUUCAUUCGUUGUUCCAUCAUCAUCCUACACAUCAUAAGCCAUAACCCAAUACCUCAUCCCUCGUUUCGUCUUCAUCCACCUAUUUGAACAUUCGUUUCUCUCGCUGCCGUCCUGGCGUAGUUGGAUCACUCUCUCUAAACAAUCAUUUUUUAUGCUUUGGAUAAUUUGACUUGGACAUUGUCAAUCCUAAGCAUUUCAAAAUGAUUAAUUUUUUCACCAACUGGGAAUUAUGGCAGCAGAUGACCUUUGUCCUCGCUGCGGCCAUCGUCGCGGUAUUCUUUGCGGGGUUAGUUAAGCUGUGGUGGUUGAGCAGAUACCUCAAGAAGCACACAGUUCUUGACCUGGAAAAGAGGGCUAGGCAAAUGGAAAUGGCAAAGAGCGGUCUCCCCGCGGGCAAGCGAGUCGAUAUCCCUUUCGGCAUACGCGCAAUCCAAAGUGGUGUAGAAGUCGACGGUAUAUGGAUCUCACGUCCCAGUACUCCCAUCGAGGUCGGCCGACUCAGCCCGUCAUUCGCCUCUUCAUCCACUCUUGAGACGGAAACCAAGUUGAAAGGAAAGGAGAAGGAUUUGACUGCGACAACCACCGAAGUCGAACCCACACCCGAACAAAGCCCACAGCCAAGCCCCGCUCUCAGCGCGUUGCAGCGGCAUACUCUCCCUGGAGCCGACCCUAGCCAUCCUCGAGUCUUCCCCUUGAGCGCACAGUCUACAUAUCGACCAAAGGGCCCGUCUCACCGUAGGACGGAUAUCACAGCCGACGAUAUCCCCGAUGUCGACUUACUGGACCGACCCGAGCGCAACUUGAUUAGGCAUCAACAGCUUGAAACUUAUGUCCCCACAAACUCGUUUUCCAGCGCAGAAUCUUCGGCAUCUUCGCAGCAAAGGACGAUGGUAGAACGCAGCUCGACCUCAUCUGACGAGGGUGCCCGCCAUUCAAGCUCGCGCUAUGUAUCUCAUCUUCGACGCUCCGCCAUAACUACACCUCAAACCUUCAACCUACCCGAUAGCUCAGAGCAGCCGGCAUCUCACGUGGAUUUCUUUGGUGAAUAUACCGAGCAGAGGAGAAACCCGUUCGAAGCACCUCCUGAGAAGAAGGAAGUUCCUCGUCCUCCGCUAGCCGCAAGUAGACCGACACCCCGUCGAUCGUAUUCUGGCGACUCCCAUGCGAACACAACUAGUAGGAAAGUUAAUGCGGGAUUCGAAGUAUUACCUGCUGGUACUUUCAGUCGAUCCAACAGUCAAACCGAGAUGGAAGAUAGCCAGCCGAGGAGGCACAGCAACAAUAAAAUUCAGAAGAAGAAUCGCGACCGCUCAUCGCGAGACAGGACUGAGCUGACGAGGUGACAACCCACUGUACAUACGAGGCGUAGAUAGAGAGGAAACGAUGAUGUUUAAACUUUGCGCAAGCGGUUCUAGAACGUCAUUGCUCGAGCCUCUAGUUACAUACCACGCGAAAGAAUGUAGAUAGCAUUUUGCUCGGGCAAUUCUAGAAGGUAGUUGCGUCAAGGCAGGACGGAGUGGGCUGGUAUCCAUAUUGGCGUUUAUAGACGGAAUGGAAGGGGAAGCGGAAAAUCUCAUGGAGAAUAAUUUACUGAAAAUGUUCUGAAUACUGGGCGUUGAACGAGCGGGAGGGAGAGCACUCGCUUGCUGCGCUGGAGCGUUAUGGUGCGUAUACAUAAUUAAUUCGAAGCGUUUGAUCGUGGAAUGCAUGUGUAAUGUCUUGUUCUCUGAAGUUGGUGACUGGCCUAGAUAAAAUGGGGG